AAUUGUUGGUACAUAUACUGAUUAAUGAACAUGUGCAAUUGUUACAACUGUCCGCGAUAAGAUAUACUUAUGCGGCGUAAAGGUUAAUUUCGUACACCCAAUACGCACUCUCCGCCAUCCGAUCAAUUCGGUUUGACAGAACCUACUGUCGCUUGGCGGUAGUGAGAUUCUCUCCCAUACUACAUCAUAUCGGUGACGUUACUAGCGUAGAGGAUCCGUACACCCAGGCGGUUGCAGUGGCUGAGUAAUCGAUGUGACGGGCCCGUUGAUUGGUCGCGGUGUAUAUAAAAGCUGUGCAGUUUUAUUCUGGAUCAAUAUCGUCUAGAGCGGCGCUCGUGAAAACAACAGGGAAAGUUAAAAGCUUUACUACACAACUUAGAACGAUGACUACAGAUACUAUUGAAGAAGAAGCAACUCAGGGUGAAUCGAUGGUAGCGACAUCUACACAAAAACCCGUUGACAUUCUAUUUCCAGAAAUAGCAGCUUUUAAAAGGCAAAUGAUGGAUUUUGAAAGAGGAGCAAUGUCAGCUCCUAAUUCGAGAUCCACUUCCUUCAAAAAUCGGCCGAGACCGAGGGGACUUCGAUUCCAGGUCGCAGAACCUAGAAGGAACAGUUUACCAGUAGGAUCCGAUGAUGUCCUUUCUCAGUGUCUGUCAUACUCAGAUAUUCGCGAUUCUGACGAAACUAUCGAAAGGGUACGAUCAUUUAAAAUGACAUCUAAAGGAAUUGAAAACAGAGGGGAUUCUUUUCGUAGAAGAAGCAAUGGAAGUAUUGCAUCCGCUGGAUCUACUAAAAUGGCAGACCAAAGUUGUGACCAAAAGCGUCAAAGAAUUCCAAGUGACACAUCAGAUGGCAGUAUGACAGGUUGCAGCUGUGCAUCCUCGUCUAGUACUGGGUAUUACCGAGUACUGGUGAUCGGAGACGCUGGGGUCGGCAAGAGUGCCCUUACAAAUCAGUUUAUGACAUCAGAGUACAUGGUCAACCUUGACAUUACAUCAGAUGAGUUUGAAGGCAGUGGAACAGUUUCCGUGUUGUUGGAGGGAGAGGAAUCCACGCUGGAGUUCAUCGACUGUGACGAUAUUGACCAGGAUGAUCAGGGGAAUCUGAACUUCGACGCUUACCUUGCCGUGUUCUCGGUGGACAACAGGGCGUCUUUUGACACUGCAGUCGACAUGCUUAAUCAUAUACGGGAUACACAUGGAAUGGACAGAGCAAUCAUAUUGGUGGCCAAUAAAAUCGAUCUGGUCAGGAAGCGAAUGGUCAGCUGCGAAGAGGCUAAAAGAAUGGCUGAACAGUUCCAUAGUAAAUAUGCCGAGACGUCUGUCACCCUCAAUCACAAUGUUGACGAGUUGUUGGUUGGCGUCUUACGACAGAUCCGCCUUAAACUUGACCAGGAAGUUGUUGACAAAUCCGAGUCAACCUCAUCAGAUGGUCAUGGACGCAGAAAAAGCAAAGGUGCGCGUGGACUUUUGAGUCGAUUAUUCCGCAAAUCUUCAAAACAAAGUAGUUCCUGCGAAGACUUAUAUGACUUAUAAGAAACCUGGAACAACAGACAAUGUUUAAAAGUGUAAGAAAGUUACGGAUGUAUAGAGUGAUGUUCAGCAUUAUUGACCUCAUAAACGUAAUGCUAUUACUUGCCAGAGGUAUUUCAAACUUCGUCCAUUAACGGUUUAAAAGACAUUGUUAUGACUAUUAUACUAUCCACAUGUGCCAAAUCCUUAAUGAUUUAAUUUAUAUGUAUAUAAUAAUGUAUAUAUGUGCCCUUGGUAUUCUAUUCUAGUGUUGUACAGUGUAUAUUGUUUCUGAAUUAUCUUCUUUUUUUUUUAAUCUUUUUUCCCUAUUUUUUUUUUUUUUUUUUUUUUGAAAUUCAAUAUUCUAAAUUUUAAUCAAAAUUCCCUACAUAUAGCAAUUCGAAACCUAUAAAAUGCGUAUAUAAUCAAACAUGAUUUUUGUGUAUGAUAGUCUUAAAUAGUGUUACUAUAGGAUAUACACGUAUAUCUACUUCAAUUUUCAUUAUUUUCUCAUUCUUUAAAUAUAUUCAGAUUGAUAAAUAUGUUACAUUCCAUUCCUUGUGUGUAAAAAUUGUUUACCCUAUCUAAUAUCUUAAUAUUUGAUGUAAUAUUAUGUUGACUAAUUGCUUUUGAAAUACAUUUCAACACGAUGAAAUGCAAUGAACUAAUCAUGUUCAUCAAUGAAAGAGAAACGCAACCAUGUUGGAAAUAUGAUUCUUUGACAAUACUCUAAAUUUACGAUAAGUACGUACUCAAAAUCCAGCACAUUAUUGAAUUUCAAUAGAUAAGCCCAAUGAUAAAUUGGCACAAUUGUAGUACGUACAACAUUAUACAGCUUUGGUUGUGAUUCAGGCGGUUGUCUAUAAACAUCUAUCCAUAUAACUCCGUUCUAAUCAUCUCUCCAUGGUCAUCGUUUUUCAUCCUGUCCUGACAUUUUCUUUGUUUAAGUGUUUUAUUUGAUACUACUUGUAUUAUCAGUGAAUGAUCGAUGUCAUUCCAGAACAUUUAUGUAUAUAUAUGUACAUUGCAACGAGUCUGUAAAGAUCCAAAUAAAAUGUGAUAUUUGUAUAAA